AUGCGGCAUGCCCGGGGCUGGGUCGCCUUUGGCGCCCUUGCCGGGUCGCUAUUUGCGAUGGCUUCCGCCGCUGCUGAGCCGGGACCGGACGCUGAAUUCGAGAGGCCCAUGCUGAACCGACGCGAAAGCGUUAACGUCACGGGCGAGGUCAGCACCGGAGCGACGGAAAGGGGUGGUGGUGGUAGCAUAGACGUGGGCGUCGGCGUAGACACGUACGGCGGCGAGACCAUUGCCGGCAUCGACCUCAAGUUCGGACUGCCCUACAUCUGCAAGUCCUGCGACAAGCUCUGCGGCGGCGGCGGCGGUGGCCAUAACCCCCGAAGCCUGUUACGUGAGUAUGAGACGGUCUACGCUACUGUCACGCAUACCGAGACGCAGUACGCGACAGAGGUUGCCCAUACCACGGUGUAUGAUACCGUGACUGUGCCCGGGACGGACUACUACACGACCGUCACACAGGUCGAGUCUGUUCCCGUUACCGUCACUACGUACCACAGUUGCGUUCCGUCCAGCGAGAUCUACGGGCGUGCGGAGGAGCUUGCGAAUUUCACCCCUCAGGGCCACAGCUAUUGCGGCACGGUAACGAAGACCAUCUACGACACGGUGACCCAGGUGCAAACGCAAGUCCAAACCGAGGUGCAGACUCAGGUGCAUACCGAGGUGCAAACCCAGAUUCACAGCGAGAUUGAGACGCAAUACCAGACGCAUACACAGGUCGAGACCCUGCUUGUGCCCACGACGGACUAUUGGUCCACCACGCUGUGGUCCACCACCACAAUCUACAGCAUCCAGACCUCUGUCAUUACCGUACCGUACACCGUCGUCGACUCCACCACGCUUUACUCCACCACCACGGCCACUGAGGUGGUGACUGAGUUCUCUUCCUACCCCGUCACCGUCGUGCAGCCCACCACUGUGAAGGAGCCCACCACCAUAAAGGAACCCACCACCAUAAAGGAGCCUACCACCAUUGUAGAAACCGACUACCGGUCCACCACGCUGUACUCUACCGAAACCGUCACCGAGACCAUUCCGUACACAGUCGUCGAAUCCGUGACCCUCUAUUCCACCAUUACCACUGAGCGCAUCGUCACCGAAGUAUCGUCUUAUCCCUUCACCGUGGACAGGCCCGUGACCGUGGAUCGGCCUGUGACGAUAGAUAACCCAGUGACGGUGGAUAGACCAAUCACGAUCGACAACCCGGUAACUGUGGACAGGCCCGUCACCGUGGACAACCCGGUUACUGUAGACAGGCCGGUAACUAUCGACAACCCCGUCACCGUGGACAGAUCCGUGACAGUCAACGUACCCACCACAUACUUUGUGCCCACCACUGUCGUCACGACCCUCACCAUCCCCACGUCCUACCCCGUGACCAUCACCGUAGGAGAGACCGCGGUCAUCACCGUGAUCUCCACCGACAUCUCGACCGUCGUCACCACCAUCAUCUCUUCCAUUGGCGUCACCCCCGGCUACAUCUGCAGCCCGCCCAAGCCUCAAGGGUGCAACCUCUGGGCCGACUCCCCGAGCGACGACUUUGUCUGCGAGCCCCAGUACUGCGUGCCCGCGCCGCCCGUCGUCAAGACCAAGUGGCCCGCCAACGAGACCUCGUGGUACCCGCCCACCGACGGCUACUUUAACCUCGACCCGCGCGCCUUUGGCCUGUCGUUUGACAUUUUUGAGCCGCCCCGCGAGAUCCACGCGCACCCGCGGGCCCUCCUCAAGCGGGACUCGACCAUUUACCCCUCCGUCUGCUUCGACGACUGCAACAACGCCUACCUCGAAACCACCAAGACGGGUAAAACGGCCGCCCUCUGCGCCACGGGCUCGCAGUUCCGCCUCGAGCUGGCGACAUGCAACCUCUGCGUCGAGGACUACUCGGGCGGCGUCAAGGACCCCUCGCGCGUCUACCUCACCGACAAGUUCCUCCAGUUCGUCAACUACUGCGACGGCAGCGCCGGAACCCCCAUCCAGACAAGCCGCCCUCCCGCCAAUAACCCGGAGCCCAUAGUGACGGGCACGCCGCCCGGCGUGGACACGAGGUCUCAGGCCGCCGUCAACACCAACACUGCGCCUAACCCCAUUGUUCCCGCGCCAGCGACGACUUCGGCUUCGGCAACGGGCGGUGGGCAGCGCGUCAGGCGUGUCCACUGCGGACCCCAUCGCUCCGACGUCGACUGGGGAUGGAACGGGAUCGGGGGUGCCGCGGGCCCAAGCGGCUUCCCCCAGGCCUCGGGUAGUUCCAUCCUGCCCAGCAUCACGUCGGUGUUCUUGCCGGCACUUGUCGGCAUCUUUUUCUUCCUCAUUUAA